AUGAUCAUACACAUUAGAGCAUAUUCAGGAUUAUUCCUAAUAUUUUUAAAUAAUUUAUUCGUAGAAUCUUAUUUUUUACCCAAUAAUUCAUACUCUUUUAUUAACACAUUUGGUCAUAAGUAUUUCGAGGCUCCAACUCAUAGUUUUAAAACUAAACAUAUCGCAAAAGACCUUUUAUCAAGGUUUAAAAAUAAAAGUCUUCAAGUGAGGUUACACGAAGAUAGUAAUAAUGUGUUUACAAAUGAAUUGGAAGAUAGGUAUACAAAUCCUCCUGGAUUUAACUUACCCGAUCAAACACCAAGAAACGUUAUCGCAAGAUACAUGUCCUUAAAGGACGCUCUGAUAUCAAAUUCCGCAACGUUGAUCAUGUUGUCCAUAUAUUUGAUAAGGAUAUUCAGGACCUUAGUUAUCGCAAGAACUUUUCUGGACACACUGAUUCAAAUUAACCCCUAUUUACCUCCAUUUAACUUCAUUUACGACACAACUAACUUCUAUCUUAAGUUCUGUGACUCCUUUCCUAAGUUUUUUGGGGUUAAUCUUCUAUCUGAGAUUCCCUGGUUCAUCCUGUCUGCCCUUGAACGGUACUUAUUUUCACUACUGGGUCAGGAACCCUAA